AUGUCUCAGCUUCUCAUGGUGCCUCUCACCUUGAUUCACAGAGCUGGCCCCAAAGGAGCUGGUCGAGAUUUUGAGAUCCUAUUGCUGCUUUCAGGAUGUUCAGCUGGAGGAUUAGCUUCCAUCUUGCACUGCGAUCAGUUUAAGGCGCUAUUACCUGGUGCUACCAAAGUCAAAUGCUUAAGCGAUGCUGGUUUGUUUAUGGAUGCGUACGUAAUCAUCUUCAUCUUUGAUUUUCCUUCAUCAUUUCUUUUCUUGAUUCUUACUUAA